UUUACUUCAAACUUAACAAUCUAAUACACCAAAAAGCGAACACUCACAAGACAAAGCAAGGUUUUCCAACCUUUUGUACUUCUCUUCUCAAUCACUACUUUAACUUCCUUAAAACUCACAAAAAUAACAACAAAAUAUACAACUCAACAUCUUCACAACAACAACAAAAAAAAACACAACCAUGAAACCUUCAACAAAUGACACAACCAUUCACAUUGAUCAUUCAUCUUCCAAAAGAGUGUCUUUCUCAGACGAAAAUCACACAAAUGUUGAACAACAACAACAGCAGCACCAACAGCAUCAACACAAUGUUCCUUUGUUACUUCAACCAUCCUAUUCAAGAUCAAAAUUCAUUAUCAUUGAUGAACUAAGAAACUUUCGUAUAUGUCUUAAAUGGUGUGCUCUUGAUCACUCAUCUUGUGCUGGAAAACUCAUCUCUUAUGGAACCUUCAUCCUCCUCACUUUCGUUCUUCCUCUCUUCACAACACUCUUUGUUCAAGUCUCUGAUGCUUCCCCUCAAGAUGACCCUAUCUCCUUGAACAAGCUUGUUCAAAUACCCGAAUCCGCACUUGCCAUAAUUUCCUUCUUCGCUCUUUCCCGUUUCUUCCUAAGGUACGGGCUAAGACAACUUCUAUUUCUAGAUGCAUUACAAGACGAUACUACAUAUGUUCGCCGAGGCUACGCGCGCGAGCUGCAAAAAGCAUUCAGAUACUUGGGAUACAUAAUCUUACCCUCUUUUUUUCUAGAGCUUGCUCAUAAAAUCAUCUUCUUCUCAGCAGUUAAGAUUUCGGCACCGAAUAUUAGUGCUGGAUUUCCUCUACACUCAAUAGUAUUUGUGUUGAUGUUAAUUUCUUGGUUAUAUAGAACAGGAAUAUACUUAUUGGUAUGUGUGAUUUUUAGACUUACUUGUCAACUCCAAAUAUUGAGAUUUGAAGGUGUUCAUAAGUUAUUUGAAGGGUUUGGUUCUGAAGCAGGUGUUAUAUUUAAAGAACAUGUGAGAAUUAGAAGACAGUUAUGGGUUAUAAGUCAUAGGUAUAGGUUUUUCAUAAUUUGUUGUGUUGUUACAAUGAGUGUUAGUCAGUUAGGUGCUUUAUUGCUAGUUUUGGCUUCGAAGUCGGAGAAGACUUUCUUUAACUCGGGCGAUCUUGUGAUAUGUUCGGCGGUGCAAUUGAGUGGCUUCUUCUUGUGCAUCCUAGGAGCAACAAAAAUCACACAUAGAGCUCAAGGAAUAGUCUCAAUUGCAACAAGAUGGCACAUGUUGGUGACUAAUGCUUUUGCUGAAUCAGAACAAUGCAAAGAUCAAAUGUCUGAUGCAGUAGCUAGUGAUAGUAGUGAUUCUGAUUCCUCGGAUAUUCACAUAUCAAUAAUUCCACAAAGACUUUCUUCCUUCCAUACAAGACAGUCGUUAGUGAUGUAUCUACAACACAACCAUGGAGGGAUAACAUUGUAUGGAUUUUCACUUGAUCGAGGGUUGAUUCAUACUCUCUUUGCCUUCGAAUUCUCUAUAGUGCUUUGGAUUCUAAGUAAGGUGGUUGUCUUGUCUUAGUUUUUUUAGACGAAUUGAUAAUAAUUACUAGAAACUCACACACAAACGUAGGUAUCAAGAUUUAAACUCUUGAUAAUGACGGUCUACUUAGCGAUAUCAGCUUUCGCCAAUUGAACUAAGAUUUGCGGAAGAAUGUGCAUCAUUGAUAUCUCAUUCUUGUUAAGUCCCCAUUUUGUGUGUAAUUAUUUUGUUUGAAAUCUGCAACUAUGUAAAUUAGGAAUGAAAGUGUGAACAUAUAAAGAGAAGGUUUGCUUCUUAUUCCUUUUGGUAGAUGGUUAUGUAAUUAAUUAGUUGGUUUUAAUAUUUUUUAUAUUUUUCUUUUUAAAAGAAAGUAAUUGUAAUAUGUGAAUUAUAACUUUUUUAUAAAAUAUACUAAGUAUAAUAUGUAUGUGUAUUUUUUUAUAAAUGAGUAAAUAAAAAAAAGUCACAUUCGUACUAGUAUAUG